AUGGCUGUCUGCCCUGAUAUCGACAGCGAAUUGACAGAUCCCAGUCAGUUCUUUGACGGACAUAGCAUCGUCUGGAAGCGCCACUAUAUCGGAUGGGGAUUGUGUGGAAUCUUUGCCUUCAUCGCCACCGUCCUCUCCUUCAGACUCUUGUACAAACAUGCUAAAAACUAUACUAAGCCUGCUGAGCAGCGCCAGAUUAUGAGAAUCAUCCUCAUGAUCCCUAUCUACGCCAUCAUCUCCGGGCUCUCUUACCGUUUCUACAAGGAGGCCAUCUACUACGAGACCGUCCGCGACUGUUACGAGGCAUUCGUCAUCCACUCCUUCUUCAUGCUCCUCCUCACCUACCUCGGCGACGACAACGACGCCCGCCGCGCCAGAAUCACCGGCCUCGAGCGUCAAAAGCUCGUGUUCCCCCUUAACUGCUUCUACUACAACCCUUCAAGCGACAUGUUCUUGCACUACAUGAAGUAUGGCAUCCUCCAGUACGUCGUUAUCAAGCCUAUUACCACCAUUGCCGCCGUCGUUCUCGAGUACAAGGGCAUUUACUGCACCACCAGCUACAGCUUUGCCUUUGGACGCGUCUAUAUCACCAUCAUCGGCUUUGCUUCUGUCACCGUCGCCAUGUACUGCCUCGUUUUGCUCUACAUCAACAUCAAGACCGAAAUCGCCGAUCGCAAACCAUUCUUGAAGUUCCUCUGCGUCAAGAUGGUUAUUUUCUUUGUCUUCUGGCAGUAUUGCUUGUUGAGUUUGCUUGGCACAUUUAGUAUGCAUUCAGGAUUGAAGAUUUGCUGCUCGUUACCUGUCUAUACUACAUGCGGAUCGAACUGGACACUAAUCGAUGCUUCCUUCGAUGUACAUUAUUUAGAUGUUUUUAAGGAGACAGAGUACUGGUCUGUGGAGAACAUUGAGCUCGGAAUCUCGGCGCUGUUGGUCUGCUUUGAGAUGGUGAUCUUUGCGAUCCUGCACAUGUACUCGUUCUCCUAUGUCGAGUACAUGGUCGAGGGCGUCUCGACCCCAGUCCGCAAGUCUCUUCGGGACGGAUUCAACCCUAUUGACCUCUUCCGCGAAGUUGGCUGGGCAUGCCAGGACAUUUAUUUCCUCAUUCGCGGACAACCUCUGCCCACACGUGAGGGCCAUCUCAGCGGAACGCUCAAGCGCGCCAACACUCGUCGUCAAAAGAACCGCCUCUUCUUCAAGAGCCGUAAGGGCUCUUCGCCCGGCACUGUGGACUCUUCGAUGCUGAAGGUUGACGAGUCGACAUUGGAGGCUGGCGGAAAGUUCCUCCCUGCGACACCUCAAGACACCGCUGUUCAGGCACCUUUGCUGAGUCAUGUCGAUGGUAGGAAUCCUUAUCCUUUUGCCUCUCCUGGUACGGGUCAUGAAUCCUACGAAAUGUCGGCCACCAGUCGCCGUUCGGACAACAACGGCCAGAACUCUAACUCUAGUCUCUCACACCCACAACCACCAGAACAAACACAGCAACAGCAGCAACAGCAGAUUCAGAUGCAGCAACUCCAGCAACAACAACAUCAGCAGAUGUUGCAACAACAGCAACAGCAACAAUAUGCUUCAAGGCCUGCCGACUAUCAGUACUAA